CCGUGAGAUGUGAAACACUAGCAGCAGGCGGAGUGUUUGUGUGUGAGUGUGUGCAUUUGUGCAAGUGUGUGUGUGCAUGAGUGUAUGUGUGUGUGCGUGUGUGUGUGUGUGGUGGUGAUAAGCACAAAAGCCAACGGCUGAACUGUUCACACUGAACGCUGAAGGAGUGGUGUGAUUUAAGGACACAUGUUUUAAUUUUCCUGAAGUCGCUCUUCUAUCCUACAGUGGAGAUUAACUUCUUUAUGAGGAAUAAUGUUCUGCAGGGGUAUGUGCUGCAACCACUGGUCAUCUGAGGAGAGGUUAGAUGGAAAAACGGUCAUCAUCACCGGAGCAAACACUGGGAUUGGAAAAGAAACAGCCAGGGAUCUGGCAAAGAGAGGCGCUCGCAUCAUCAUGGCAUGCAGAGACCUGGAGAGGGCAGAAGAGGCGAGGACCGAUAUUUUGGAGGACACUGGAAACGAGAAUCUGGUCAUCAAGAAACUGGAUCUGUCUGAUAGCAAGUCCAUCCGAGCCUUCGCUGAAUCCAUCAACAAAGAGGAGAAACAAGUGAAUAUACUGAUCAACAACGCUGGAAUCAUGAUGUGUCCCUACUCCAAAACAGUCGACGGGUUCGAAAUGCAGUUGGGCGUCAAUCAUCUGGGUCACGUCCUGCUCACCUACCUGCUGCUUGACCUCAUCAAGAGGUCAGCUCCUGCACGUAUAAUUGUUGUGGCCUCGGUGGCCCACAAAUGGACCGGGCUUCGAAUAGAUGACAUCAACAGUGAGCAGAGCUAUGAUACCAUGAAGGCCUAUGGUCAAAGCAAACUGGCCAACGUCAUGUUUGCGCGCUCUCUUGCUGAGCGGUUACGAGGUACAGGGGUGAGUGUCUUUUCUCUGCACCCGGGCGUAGUACGGUCUGAUUUGUGGAGGCACCAAAACCUGUGUAUCCGAAUAUCCAUGAAGAUCUUUGUACUGUGCAGUAAGACAGCCGUGCAGGGAGCGCAGACGACCAUCUUCUGCGCCGUGGAGCCAGGUCUGGAGAGCCUGAAUGGAGUGUAUUUCAGUGACUGCGCUCCUGCGAUGUGCUCGAGGAUUGCUGUUGAUGAUGACCUCGCCCAGAAGCUGUGGGACAUCAGCUGCAACAUGCUCAACAUCACCUGGCAGUGAAUGGAUCAUCCAUGUGAACAUCACCUCUCAUCAACAACAUUAUGAACUUUCACAGAUCUUUUCUUUGGAAAAUGCUCUCUAAUGACUCCAAAACUCUUUAGACGGCUUCAAAUGCCUUCUUUUUUUGUUUCGUCAAGGAUACUGUAUGGACUCUGUUGUGCUCAAAACGAAUCAAUGGGGAGAAAUCCAAAAUAUAACUCUAUUGAAGAAUUUUCUCCUUAAUUAUGGUAUUUUUGCUCAGUAGGUUUUAUGUCCAGAGAGCAAAUGGUACUCUGUCAUGAGGAAAAAAAGUAUCAUCUAAUCAUAAUUUUGCUCCAAAUCAACAGAAGAAAAAGACAAAAGAAAUAGUCUUUCUUUGUGCAAGUUCAUUUGACAAUUCAUCUUUUUCUCCUAUUGGGUCCUACUUACUGGUCAUAGAUUACACUUUCAUCAUCAUUUUGUUGUCGUUUCUUACAGUAGAUGUGCAUGUCUCAGUUCUUUUUAAAGCUUUUUAAUCCCACUGUGGCCUUGUGAUGAAAGUGUUGUGUUUCAUAUUCCUCUCAUUUAUCCAAACAAGCUUAAGAUCUUUCCAGUUUGGCCUUGCCCGUGUGCAGCUACACCCACUGCAAGUAUUUAUAACAACAGCCCAACACUUGGGUGCUUAGCACACUUGGAGGACAGAAUCGGAUGCUUUUCUGUUACCUUUUCUGUGACAGGAGCAGUUGCCGGGUGUAAUCACACUGAGCCUUUACAGCCUCGAGAUAUGUUUCAUUAUGGCAUGAAAUUAUAACAAUAGCACUUGUGUGUUAGCUAGCACUAGUUAGCUAGUGUGUUAGCUAGUGUGCUAGCACUUCUUGUUAUCUGUAUUUAGGUGGUACUAAUGUGUGCUUCUGGUUGAUAUCUUCAGAUUAAGUGACUGAAUUUUGUGACAUCAUUGUUGAUUUUUUAAAUAACAAACAUAUUAAAAUGCCACAAAAAAAACAAAAAAAAACACACACAUUAUUCAAGCUGAUUGCACAAAAAUGCCAGAAGGAAACUGCUGAUCUUAAUCUUAGUCACACGAGUUAUUAUUACCUUAGGAAUGUGGCAUAAUCCAGAGGAAUGACUUAUUUUUCUGCUGCUUGCAAAAGAUCCUAACAAAGAAAUGCGAUAUAAGAGGAGUAGAAAAACAAAGGACUCUGAAAUAUUUUGUUGUUAUUUAACAAAGUUUAUCUGCAGAAAAAACAGGCCGGUUUGGUAUUAAUGUCUUGUUCUGCUGCUUCGUAUGUGCUUAAAGUUUCUUCGUAAGCAAGAUUUUACAAGCUUUUUUUUUCAAGAUUCUCUUCAAUAAAGGUUUUUGUACAUUAGACAACAUUUCUAUAUUUAAUUUAUAUAAAUAAGAUGCAGCUUACAAUUUUCCUAGAUUUUUGUCAAUUUUUUCUGCCCUGUAAUAAAUUUGAAACUAUGUGUUAUUUUGAAAUUAAAGGUUAAAGGUUGUUUAAAAUUAAACAUAUUCCUGAGUUGAC